AAUGCAGUAAGUGUCCAACUUUGUACUGCAUUCUAAUUCUGCCUGUAGUUGGGAGAAAAUGGAGUCUCUUCUCAGGAUAUUUACCCGGGCCUACCGUUGAGAAAGUUCGAUACAUUAUCGUAUGGAUUGUGCAACAAAGGAUUGGAUAUACAGUUUUCCCGAAAAGCGUAUUUGGUUGGAUUCUUUCUCGGAUUAAAGCCGAAUGAUACUUUUAUCACAUGGCGCAGAUGGGAGCCAGAACGGUUUGGGGCAGGGGUACCCUUGUCACCCCUUACAUGACUUGGAAUAAGGAGGAGUGUGACCCCUAAAACACAAACACCAUGGCACGCCAGUGGGAUUUCUAUCAGUAGGAGCCAGCCACACAGAGACAAACAAAAACAGUAAUACAGAGCGAGAAAGACAAAUCUCAAUCUCACAUAUUUUUGCAGAGCUUAGGAGUGUGUGUGUGUGUGUGUGUGUGUCAGUUUUUGGGUGAGAAUUUGAGUGUGUGUUCCUUAGACUUAAACGGGAGUGUCAUGAGGCCCAAGACGUUCCCCGCUGCUCCGUACAUGGGCAACACGCGCCAGCGCCUCCAGGAGAUCAAGGAGGGGCUAAAGCAGCCGGCCAAGCUGAUGAGCCAGGCCCUCCACGGGGGCAGCUCCCGGGGCGAGGGGGGCCGCGGGGCCGAAAGCAAGAGCAAAGACCCCGGCAGUCGCCAGCAGCAGCACCGGCCCCCUCAGAAGUUCAACAAUUACCAGAAUGCUCUGAGGGAGAUUCGCAAGUCCCUCAGGCCGUUUGAAUACAAGUCUGGACCCUCUUCUGGCUCUGCCCACCCCGCUGGAGACGUCAACCGACAGAUGCUGCAGGAGCUGGUCAAUACUGGCUGUGACCAGGAAAUGGCGGUGCGGGCUCUGAAGCAGACGGGCAGCAGAAACAUCGAGGCUGCUCUGGAGUACAUCAGUAAGAUGGGAUACCUGGACCCACGCAAUGAACUCAUCGUCCGGAUUAUCAAGCAGACCUCGCCAGGCAAAGGGGGCAUGCCAAACUCAAUUGACCACAGACCACCAUUGGAGGGAACAAGUGAGGGUGCCAUGCCUCCCUACCACCAGAUGGGGGCAUCGAUGUAUGAGGGUGCUGGCUAUGGGCCAGAGGGGCCCUACAUGGGUGCCCCUCCUGUCAUGAACUACAUGAUCCCCCCCUCGGGCACAGCACAGGGCCCUGCCAUGGUUAACCCCAUGGGACGCCCGCCCAGUAUUGGAGCCUACCCUCCAUCCAUGGUCGCCCAGAACAAUCCAGGGAACCCCAUGUACCCCCCAGGUGCCCCGCAAAAGGCCUACCCAGGCAGCAUGGAGCAGGCCAUGAUUGGCUACAGCGUCCCUGGCCAGCCCCUGCAGCCCCAGGCACCAGGAGGCCCCAUCCCCGUACCCCACUACGACUACGGCCACGGCCGGCCUCACAUGAUGGAGCCCUCGGGCUACGGCAUCAAGAGGAGCGCAUCCUUCCAGAACAAGAUGCCACCGCUGGCGCCCGACAACUACGUCAACAUGCAGGUUAAAGGGGCCAUGGGCCAGAAUGGGGGAGGGUACCCCCCUAACCUGUACCUACCGCCCCACUCACACCCCCGGCAGUCCAGCCCCACCUCACACCAGGUCCACAUGAUGUCCCGCUCGCCCGGUGGAGCUGCCGCCGCCAUGGGGCCAGAUUUCUCUGACCUCCCCCAGGGCCUGCUCACGCCCUCCAGAGCCAGUCUCAACCUGGACCUGUAUGAGCAGCACCAACACCACUGGGCCGGGCCCCAGGGGCCUGAGGGGGCCCCACCAGCCAGGCAACCCCAGCCUCAGGGGCCCUUCCGGGGAGAGGUGCGAGUCCCCAGCAGGACCAACUCCUUUAACAACCGAUCAGCGCCCCCCAACAACGUCCGGCCCACUUUGGUACCUCCAGCUCCCGGCAAGCAGGACCCGUCCCUGGGUCCACCCAACACCAUCACGGCGGUGACGUCGCCCCCCAUCCAGCAGCCGGUGAAGAGCAUCCGGGUGAUGAGGCCCGAGCCGAAGACCGCUGUGGGGCCAUGUCACCCUGGCUGGUUGGCUGCUCAGGAAGCAUCUGAGCCCCUCACCUACAUGCCUGAAGAGGCCUACACUCUGGAGCCUGCCCAGGAGCCCCGUUGUCCACCACCUCCCUACCCCAAAACCCUGCUCAUAUCUGGGGCUUCUUCAGAGGCAGGGCCCCUGGAGGCCUCAGACCUCAACACACCUGCUAGGCCACACGGUAGCAGUGGAGGAGGAGGGGGAAAGGCAGAAGAGAGCCAGGUGAGAGAGAAGACCAAGUCUGGAAAAGGAGAGAAGGCAGUGAAGGACAAGAAGCAGAUCCAGACAUCGCCGGUGCCGGUGAGGAAGAACGGGCGUGAUCAGGAGAAGAGGGAAUCGCGCAUUAAAAGCUACUCACCCUUCGCCUUCAAGUUCUACAUGGAGCAGCAUGUGGAGAAUGUGAUGAAGACCCACCAGGAAAAACUGAACCGCAGGCUCCAGCUGGAGCAGGAGAUGUCCAAGGCUGGCCUAUCAGAGGCCGAGCAGGAGCAGAUGAGGAAGAUGCUGAACCAGAAGGAGUCCAACUACAACCGUCUGCGCCGUGCCAAAAUGGACAAGGCCAUGUUUGUCAAGAUCAAGACACUGGGCAUCGGGGCCUUCGGCGAGGUGUGCCUGACACGCAAGGUGGACACGGGAGCCCUGUACGCCAUGAAGACGCUGCGCAAGAAGGACGUGCUCAACCGCAACCAGGUGGCCCAUGUCAAGGCUGAGCGUGACAUCCUGGCGGAGGCAGACAACGAGUGGGUGGUGCGUCUGUACUACUCGUUCCAGGACCGUGACAGCCUCUACUUCGUCAUGGACUACAUCCCCGGAGGAGACAUGAUGAGCCUGCUGAUCCGCAUGGGCGUCUUCCCCGAGCCGCUGGCAUGCUUCUACGUGGCUGAGCUGACACUGGCCAUCGAGAGUGUCCACAAGAUGGGCUUCAUCCACCGCGACAUCAAGCCGGACAACAUCCUCAUCGACCUGGACGGACACAUCAAGUUGACCGACUUUGGCCUCUGCACUGGCUUCCGCUGGACGCACAACUCCAAGUACUAUCAGAAAGGGAGCCACAUCAGGCAGGACAGCAUGGAGCCCAGUGACUUCUGGGACGACGUGUCCAACUGUCGUUGUGGCGACCGGCUGCAGACCCUGGAGCAGCGGGCAACACGGCAACACCAGCGCUGCCUGGCACACUCCCUGGUGGGCACUCCCAACUACAUCGCCCCUGAGGUGCUGCUGCGCAAAGGGUACACCCAGCUGUGUGACUGGUGGAGUGUGGGAGUGAUCCUCUUUGAGAUGCUGGUGGGACAUCCACCCUUCCUGGCCCCGACACCCACCGAGACACAGAUAAAGGUGAUAAACUGGGAGAGCACACUACAGGUGCCCCCGCAGGUUAAGCUCAGCCCAGAGGCUGUCGACAUCAUCGGCCGUCUCUGCUGCUCCCCUGAGGAGCGUCUUGGGAGCAAUGGCGCCUGCGAGAUCAAGACUCACCCCUUCUUCGACCAGAUGGACUUCUCCAGCAACCUGCGCACCCAGCCCGCCCCCUACCGGCCCAAGAUAGCCCACCCCAUGGACACAUCCAACUUCGACCCGGUGGAGGAGGAGGGGGGUCCCGGGGCGUGGAGUGACAGCGGGGACAGCACACGGGCCUGGGAGACUCUCUGCACACCACACGGGAAACACCCGGAGCACGCUUUCUACGAGUUCACCUUUCGCAGGUUUUUUGACGACAACGGCUGCCCCUUCCGCUACCCCAAGCCCCCUGAGAUCAGCCACAGCCAGGGGCCUCCCAGCAGUAGCAGAGCCAGCAGCAUGGGCCCUGAGGAGGAAGAGGAAGAGGAGGAGGAGGAAGAGCAGGGGGAGCCUGUGUAUGUGUAGAAGAGCUCAGACUGUUGGCUUUCUAAACUAUGACCCCCCCCCCCCCUUCUCUCUCUCUCCAACAAUCAACACUUAGCACCUGGGGCCCUGGCUGCCAACUUUCUAUCUACCGCUGUUCUUCUCAGAGGGUGUGUGCGUGUGCGUGUGCGUGUGCGUGCGUGCGUCUUUAUUUGUGUGUGUUUGAGAGACUGAACAGGAUGACCUGACAUCUGUUUAACAAUUCAGACACUACUGUGUGGAAUCUCCAGCGUGAGCAAAGACUACAAUAAGAAUCCCUGAUCUGGGACCAAGAACAACUAACUGUACAAGGGCUAGGGAUAGGAUAAUGAAGCCAGAGGACUGUUCUGAAAGCAAAUGAAUCAGAACAGGAACAGAUCUUCUAUGGAAAUGAAAGUAUCCGCUGCGCUGUGGAAGUUUACAAAAGUGUUCAGAUAAGAGUUUGACACUAGGACCGUUACUAUGGGUGGUCCUUGUGCUCUAUCCCAUUCCUUCGCCUUGGGUCUUAGAGAUCUCUUCUUCCAGGUUAGCCUUACCCCAGGAAGUUAACACAAACACUUCCUGGACGUCAGGUUGGUCUGGACUGAAUUAGCUGGUGGUAGUGGGGAAGAAUGCAACACUUCUUACACAGCUGUGACAAAAUAAGUUACCAAAAUACAAAUUCACAUGCGCACAUGAACACUUUAAAGGAUGGUUGAACUACACAAUUUAGCAGGAAGCAAUGGGGUUGUCCUCUGCAGCUAACCCACCUAAAGCCUUGAGCAUACCGAUUGUGUAAAACUGUAUGCGUUCCGACAGAAGUCCAUUAAUUUCAGUGGAAGGCAAUUCUCACCUCUGGGACUCAUCUGCCAGACUCGGUUGCGAUGCUUGUCGCUGCGUGUAGUGUGUUGCAUGCAUGUGUUGGAUUUUUCCAACUUGUGCUGUUGCUUUGUCAUGCGGUAUCAGGAACAGAAGUAGAUAAUCAACCGAAGAAGUUGCUAAUAUGUAGCUAAUGUGUAGCAUGAUUAUUUUUAUUAUGAUGCGGUGCAUGGAUUGCGAAGACUACGUCAAAUUUACCGUACGGCAAUGUAAUAAUGCAACCUGUGUGCACACGGCGUAAGUCGCGGCAUUUUUCAAAGUUAGAGUCUGACAUGUAAGUCUAGGCAUUCCCCAGCUGUGACUUCUACCUUUAGCUUCACACUAACUUUUUUUCCAAAUAGGAGAUGUGGGAUAAAGCCCACUUGUGUUGUUCCCACUCACCUCUAAAUAUCUUCAGGAUUCUGUUUUGAGUAUCAGACCUAGGGGAAUGGUUGUGACGGGUAAGUACUCGUAGCAGCAACAACAAAUUCCUUUGUUUUAUUGAGCUCAUUUUGCAGAGUUCUGAGGAAGGUGGACUGCAAGCGUGUAAUCAUUGCUUUGUUACAGAUCUGGAUCUCAUGAUUACAUACAUAUUUGCUAAGCAGUCACGGCUAUCCAUAUCUCCACACAACACAUACAUUACACCUGCUCUAAGACUGUCAUGAACAGUAACAUUACUGGCGCCAAGAGCAGUGCAUUUUAGCCUCCUUGACAAAAGCCCUACCUGCUAAUCCACCACUUACAAACACACGCUCAGUAUUAUACAGUUAACACAUUGGAAUGUCCACACAGUCUCCUCAGUCCAUAUGGAGACAGAUGUGAAAACUCAAUGUCAGAAACACAUGUAAUAGUAUGACUAUGUGCAAUACAGAAAAUACGAUAUAUAGUUUUCUAAACACUUACAAAUACCAUUUUGACCUUGUAAUACUGAAACACGCUAUGUACAAAUAUACAUUAUAUUGGUUUAUAUAUUUUCCUUAUAGUUACAUGACCCAAUGCUGCUUAUUAUUGUGAUUUAAUAUUAUUAUUAUUUACAUUAUUUCAUUUAUACGUACUUCUUUCCUUUUAUGCAAGUGUGGGUUUGAUUGCCAGUGUGUUUGGUUUGGAAAGUGACGAACUGUGUGCCUUCUAGAGGAAUGUUGGUACAUAUCUAUCCACCGCAAGAUGAUGAUGAUGAUGAUGAGGAUGGUGAUGAUCAGUGUUUGUGCAGAAUAACGACAGCAGCUUUCCUACUCUGCUACCAGGCUGGCCCUGUGUGUAGGAGAGUAGGGCGGAAGAGACAGACAUAGUGAUAGAGAAAGAAAGAUGCGUUUCAGAGACAAAACAAAAGCAAGGCAGGAUUGGCUAUAAAAUGAAAAAUAUAUGAAUGAAUAGCUUUCUCUAUGUUACAAGAACAGGUGGCAAAUGACCAAAACGUACACUAUCAGUCAAAAGUUUGGACACACCUACUCAUUCAAGGGUUUUUCUUUAUUUGACUAUUUUCUAUAUUGUAGAAUAAUAGUGAAUAUAUCAAAACUAUUAAAUAACUACUUUGAAGAACCAUCUAGUA